UGACUCUAUGCCAGAGCCUCAGUCCCAUCGCCGGCUCUGUGAGCGCCAACAUGUUUCUCAUCCUCUCAAUUGCAGGAUUAUCUCUGAUUCUACAAAAUGUCAACUGCCAAAUUAAAGAUUCUGCGCUCCAGGACACGGUGCUUAAACUUCACAAUGGAUAUAGGCGGCUUCAGAUGGCUUCUAACAUGAAGAAACUGGUAUGGGACGCCAAUCUGGCCUCAGAAGCCGCCUCGUGGACCAAAAACUGUAUAUACGAGUUCCGGUACGGCAGCUACGGGGAGAACAUGUAUUACUUUGAGUCCCGACUUCCGGACAAUGUGCUAGUCGAACGCGCCAUAGAUGCGUGGUACAGUGAACGGUACUCAUGGCGCAUGUCCGGUGAUUGCGCGGAGGCUUGUAGCUACACACAGCUUGUUUGGGCAAAAACCCAACGUGUCGGAUGCGCUGUCCAGAAAUGCACGGAGCUUACAAUGCCAGAAGAAUUCAUCCCAGGAGCGUGGUUCCUCUACUGUCUGUAUGAUCCAAAAGGAAACACAUUUGGGGAUCUUCCCUACUCGAGAGGCGGUGCCUGUGAGAAGUGCGAAGCCAAGGAAGUUUGUUCCGACAAGUUAUGUGCAGACAAAUAUGCACCAACCACACCGCAACCAGUCAAAACAACACCUCCCCCGACGUUGCCGAGCAUACAGAUUGGUUCACAAUCCUCAAACACGGAACUGACGCAACUCGAACUCCAGCACAGAACAGCACUGGAGAAGCAACAGGCUCUUCUGCAAGAAACCUUAAAGAAACAGAAGGCGUUAGAACAGCAGCUGCGCACUCAGCAGAAGUUGAUAGAGCAGACACUGUUGGUGGGGAAGAGCCUGACCACCGCCAAACCUAGCGUGACGUGGAGCAACGGUCUCCCUACAGAUGUCAACCGCAGGUCAGAUGUGGACCAAGGAAGCACCAACACUAGAAAUGGGAUGAUGUCUUCGUCAAUGCUUGGGACGCGCAGCGGACCGACGGACGACAAAACAGAACUUGUCAGGCGGCCCAUACAAAUCUCUUCAGUCGGCGACAGAGACUCUCGCCGGAAACCCGUCUCCGACGUCCAGGAGGCGUCUUUCUUUUCCUUUCAUCGUCCUCGAAAUCAGUUUUCCUCUGUGCGACUUUGGCAACCAACUACGACUCGUGCGCCGCUGUUUGUCUUGAAUCCCCAGCCCCAAAUAUCGUCCUUACAGAAAACCGUCACCAGCAUGAGGCCACUUAAACCCAAUAAAAACAGGGUCUCUUUCACCAUAGGUAGCGGAAGCACCUUGAAAUUCAACUACAAACCGAACUCUUCCUUAGUAACACAGUCACAAAGAGAAACUGCGCUGCCCGGCCAGAACAAGUUAGAUUUGUCCGCUUCUGACAACUUUCGUUUUGGGGGUGCUAGGUCAUUAGAGAGCCAGCUAGCGUCCAAUGGCAACUUGCGAUCCAAGGAGCGCCAACACACAUCUCUGAGUCUCCUACAGGCCCACUCUUCUACUUCCGAUCAGAAACAAACUAUUUCCGGUGGCGGACAAUCCUGGGGAAGAUCUGAGGUCAACAGUCUUCAAUCACAAGCCACAAAGCAACAAGCGUCUGUAACAAGCGUUCAGCAAACCCAGAAGGGCCAAAGCCCGGAUUUCGGGUCACGCACUGUAUUUACGUCACGAACAAAAGCGCCCUCUACCUCUGCCCCUUCCUUUUUACCCGCAUCCCCUACUCUUCCUCCAACCACGAUCCCGCCUGACUGUGUAGACAAGGAUGUUUACUGUCCGUACUGGAAGGUCUACUGUGAUAAUAAUUCCUAUGUUUUUGAGAACUGUCGGCGGACGUGUAAGUCGUGCUACGUCCCGCCUCCGCCAGUUAUUCCGCAGCCUCCGCUGGGUAAGUAAAACUCUGACACCAACCAGCAACAACAGUACCAAGAGACUUCACAACAGAUCCAGCAAAAUCAAAUAACCCAAGAUAAAUCCAACUACAUCCAACAAACGAUCAUUCAGGAGCAACCUAAUGUUGUACAAAAUGUACAACUGGACCAAAAUUUUCAGCAGGAACCUAGCAACAAUCAACAGACCCAAUACAUGAUGCAGCAACCUCAGUCAGGCUUCCAACAAGAACCGCAAAUAAUUCAGCAACCUCAGCCUCUCUAUCAGCAACCGCAACCUCAGGUGUAUCAACAGCCACAACCUCAGAUGUAUCAACAGUCAGGUUUUCAACAGUUUCAAGGGCAACAAAGUGUGCAACCUCUCAUGGGCUUCAACCAGCAACAGUCCUAUGAUUACGUACAACCAACGUCUGCCAUCCAGUCGUGGCAUGGCGGCAUGCUUGGUCAUCAGAGUAGCCAUGGUAACAACAUGCUUGUAGGUUUUCAACAAACAAACAAUCAAAUUCAAGGAAACCAACAAUUCACAGAACCUCCAACUCCCAAACCAACAGAAACAAUAAGAUUAGAGUUUCGUGGGCAUACUCCAGCAACAGCGAGUUUCAAAAAACAACCAAUUAAACCGCGGGAACCAGCAGGGGAGAUAAGUCCAUACAUUAAGGUGCAGGAGCCACUACCAGAGGGAGUAGAACUAAGGACAACCACGCCCACCACUACAACAACCACGACAACAACAACAACAACAACAAAGCCGCCGCCCACGCGACCCCCGACACGCCCACCGACCACUCAUCCUCCGCAGUUCUUUAAUCAGGGAGCAUAUGGCAUCAACCAUUACUACCCUAACAACAAUAUGUAUAAUAACCACUACCAAGCUCAGAAUAUCCAUUAUCAAAAUACAAACUCCCAAUUGCACCAAACUCAUCAAACCAAUCAUAUGCAGACAAAUCAAGUUUACAACCAUAACAAUUACCAACCAAACUUUGCUACCCGCCAACAGAUUUAUAUGCAGACGACACCAUCCCCUAUGAUUUUUAACCAACAGAUGAUACAGCAAAACACACCGGCGCCAAUAAUUUUUCAACAGCAUCGGACACAACAGCCAAACCCGCAGGGAAUGAACAACUUUUUGGGUCAGUCUCGGCAAAUUCAGGUCCAAUCCCUCGACUUAAACGUGCCAAUCCGUUCUUCCUCUGCUAUCUUGUCCCCUAAUCAACAACAACCAAGUAUCAACAUACAAUACCAACAGCAGGUUCAGCAACCAAACCAAUUUACAAAGGCACCAGCAAACCAAAACGUUCAAUACCAGCAACCUAAAUCUGAAGACGUGUUUAAAAAUGCUCUAAUGAGAGCAAACUUUGGUCAAGCCAACAUUAACCUAGCAAGUAACCUCGGGACUCAGCCAGGCCAGUACCAACGAGUACAGGCGUCUAGUGACGUCAGUUGGUACUACUCCGUAUCCACGCGGCCACCAAAUGUUGUUCCUACAGAGCCCUAUCCCACAAAACCCCUCUUAGACCUUAAUUUAAAACUUUUUGAAAACCCAAAUGUAGUUGUACAAACGAACUCUUCGACGCCUGCGCAAUCGCAGCCUUCCGCGUGUGUAGAUGUGGACGCUCGAUGUCCACAAUGGACUCAGUGGUGUGGGAUUGACCAGUAUGUGGACAAUAAUUGUAAAAAAUUGUGUAAAAACUGUAGGUGAUGUUUCGGCCAAAUAUUCUGAUAUAAGGAACCUCCCACAGUAGGUCAAUCAACGAGAGAUUAAUAUUUGGACGGAGUUAACUCCUUUCCAACCGGGCAUCAUGUCGGACCAAGUGAUCGAGUGAUUUUGAAGAAUGAUCUUGUUUUACCAGAGAGACAUUUGCAAGCUUGUGUGCUCUUGAUUUGUGCCUUCAAUUUAUUUACCAUAUCAUUUUUUUUUUUACCUCAGAUAACAGUUUCACGUGUCUUCCCCCACCCCCCCCAAUACAAGAAUUAAUUUUAUAAGGAAGUUAAUACGGACUGAUUGCAUUUAUGGAUGCUCUCGUAUGUGGAAUAAACUUCUGUCUCUGCCUCUUGGAUUCUAGAUGUGAUAUAGUGCUACGUUUUUCUUGUAAAUAUACAUCAAGUUCUGAA